AUGGUGUCGAAAAAUUCACCGAAUGCAAAGAAUUAUAAGUUAAAAAUGAUUGAACAAAUGUAUGGACAAUUACCAGCAUUUACGGAUGUUUUCACCGAAGAAACAUUCUAUAUUACAGUUGUUUGUUUUGUGUUAGGGACCUUUGUUAUGGCAUUCAUUUUAUCUAGAUUUAUAACUAUUCGCCCUGUUGCUGAUUAAUUGAUUAUCAAAUUUUUCCCAUAAUUAUUAAUAAUAUGUAUUCUAUGUUUUAAGUUAUGUAAACGUAUUGUUUUAAAACUUUGUAUUUAUGUUGUUUGCAAAUUAUAUUUAUGU